AUGAGCAACAAACAAUCCAUGAAUCAGAAACUAUUUCUAUGGCUGGCUGCGUGUAUUCUUUACAUAGGAGUGGCUCUCUGCGAUCAAGAAGCACCUAAGAAGGGGCCCUUUGCAGAGUACAUAAAAAUAGAAAGAGCCCCAAAUACUAUAAACGAGUCCAUAAAACUUUUACUGAGCAAAGCGUUUAAGCUAUCUAACAGCAUAGUAGAGUUUCUUUUUUCGUUCAAAGUCAUAAAAGAAGCGCUGAAGCCAGGCAUGUUCAGCAAAGUGAUGCUUGCAGUAAAGAUAGGGGUGUGCAUCAACUUUAUAUUCAAUUUCAGCACGAACAGAGAGAAUGCACUGAAGCCCGUUGUAGAAGACCUCAAAGUGCUGGAGGCAGCAAAAACAAAGAAAGCUAAGAAGGAGGAAGAGGAGGAAGAGGAAAUAAGACGCAUAGCCCAGCAGUACAAAGUUAAAAAUGCCAACAGAAAAGACCUCGCAUACCAUAAGAACGAGGUUAGCAACAACGGCCAACUAAUGAUGUUUAGCAAAAAACCCAUAGACAGAUCAGAGGAAAGCGCAGGGAGGAACAGAGAAAAUGCAGAUGAAAAUAUAAAUAUACUUACAAAAGACACUAUGGCCUCAAAAGUGAUCAGAUUCGUUACGCUCUUCUCAAUUAACAUGGCGUAUGCGAUAUCGCUCUUCAACUCAUUUAUUUUUUUAUUUGUAACACUCACUGUCCUCGCAAACUACCUGGUGGGCUCUUCUCUGUAUCUGUUCUUGUACAACAACUGCUAUUAUGCAUACAGCUUCUUUAACAUUGCCGUUAGAGUGCUGGAAAGCCUGUCUUAUAGAAACGGCGUUGUGUUCACAGGAUGCCUUGUGGUCUUUGGAAGGUCGCUCAGCGAGUACUACAACGCAUUCUGUCUAGACAACAGGAAAAAAAGAGCAGUAAAGCUCCAUGACGUAAACUUGGGGCUGAUAAAAAACACCAUUGUAAAAGCGCUCUUUAUUCUGCUGGCUGUGAAGUUCAACCUCAGCAUUCUACUGAUAUUCAUAGACCCUACACUUACAGCUGUUAUCUCAGACAAGGUUUUCAGCUUCCUGCUAGACCAGUUUGUGGGGGAGAAAAGAGUGAAAAAGAUACGAGAGACACUGGAAGACACAAUUGACUACGAUAAGGAGGUGCUAAUAUGCAAAAUCAUAUCUGCCAUAGGCUUCUCUAUAUCAGCAGUUUUCCUGGUCUAUCUGGUUGGGAUAGCUGUGAACUCUCCAAAUGUUAUUAACUUUUUCCUGCAGGAGAGCGAGAUUUGGCAUCUGGGAAACAGCAGCGCAAGCCCGCUUUUAGAAGCACAAGUAUAA